AUGAAGAGUAUACUGAAUACGAGAACCAAGCUAAGAGUAGGCUUCUGGAAUGUCCGUACAAUGUAUGAGACCGGAAAGCAGGCUCAAGUCUUAAGAGAGAUGAAAGAGAGCACGCUGCACAUUCUAGGUGUAAGUGAGUGCAGAUGGACAGAUUUUGGAAAGAAUACAACAAGUACAGGAGAAACAAUAGUAUUCUCAGGGAGAAAAGAUGGACGUCAUCAUGAAGGAGUAGCAAUCAUUUUAUUUAAAUCAGCUGCUAAGUCAUUAAUAGAAUAUCAUCCAGUUAAUGAAAGAAUAAUAAGAACAAGACUAAACACCAAGCCAGUCAAAACAUCCAUAAUACAGGUCUAUUCUCCAACAAAUGAUGCAGAAAGUGAUGUUAAACAAGAUUUUUAUGAAGCACUUCAAGCUGAAAUAGAAAAGAUUCCUAAACAUGAUUUGACAAUAGUUAUGGGAGACCUCAAUGCAAAAGUAGGAAACAACAACACAGGAUUCGAGCGAGUGAUUGGCAAAUAUGGAUGUGGCGUCAUGAAUGAAAACGGAGAGCAGUUUGUAGAAUUUUGUGGAAACAAUAACCUAGUCAUCGGUGGAACACUUUUUCCACAUAAAGAUAUUCACAAACUAACAUGGGUAUCACCUGGAGGACGAGAUAAGAAUCAGAUUGACCACAUUGCAAUUAAUGGUAAAUGGACGAGGUCACUCCAAGAUGUGAGAGUGAGACGAGGAGCUGACGUAGGGAGUGACCACCACCUAGUCACUGCUAACAUCAAGUUGAAAUUGAAGAAAAUAGCACCAAAGUCAAAUAUUAAAAAGUACGACACAGGGAAGCUUAGUGACAACAAAAUCAAACAAGAAUUCAGAAUAGAGCUAAGAAGCAAAUUCCACGUCUUACAAAACAACAACAUAGAAAAUGAAAACCAAAUAGACAAACAUUGGAACAGGGUGAGAGAUACUUUCAGCAAAACAAGCGAAAAAGUAUUGGGCUUCAGAAGGCAAGUUCAUAAAGAAUGGAUUACAUCAGAAACGUGGAAGCUAAUAGAUAAGAGAAAAGACCUUAAGAAGAAGCUAUGUAACACACGCUCUGAGAGAAUAAAAGAUAAAUUUGCAGAACAAUAUAGCAACAGCAAUAGAGAAGUUAAAAAAGCGACAAAAAAGGAUAGACAAAAUUUUAUAGAAGGAAUGGCAAAGGAAGCUGAGAAAGCUGCCUCCGAGCAGAGAAUGGGAGGUCUUUACCAGAUAAUCAAAAAACUAUGUGGGAAAAGAAGAAACGCAAACAUGCCAGUAAGAGACAAACAAGAAGCACUGAUAACAUCAGAAAGACAGCAAUAUGAGCAGAAAUAUUUAAAGCUGAUCCCACACUAG